AUGCUUUCUUUUUCUUUUAAAGUUCAGUCGUUUGAUGUGGAACUUACACCAAAGAACGCAAUGUGGAGAGUAGGCGACAAACAGCAGUUGACAUGCAAAGUGAAGAAAUGCAGCGAACCAGUCAUUUUCUCUUGGAAGUCUCUGGAGGAUAAACCACUAUAUGCUUCUAUGACAUCUACCUCUGAAGAAUCCGUGCUCUUAGUCGAAAAAGUUACUGAGCAUAAUGAAAAUCGGGUUCAGUGUCUAGCCAAAUGUGGGUCCGUUUCGAAGCAGAGGAGUGCAAGCAUAAAAGUCUACUCUUUUCCAAACAACCCUGUCAUAUCAGGCCAUGAUGACAUGGUGCUUGGUGUGGAAAGCACUCUAACCUGCGAGGUGUCUGAUGUCUACCCCGUGGAGGAAAUUGGGAUCGAAUGGCUGGCCGGGGACAAUAUCCUCAGCAGUAGUGACGGGAGCGCCGUGUCUACAUUAAGUUUAACGCCCACCACAGAAUUAGACGGAGAUAAAAUCACUUGCAGAGUUACCCUUCAUCUGAAUGGACUGCAGCCCGAUGAGACCAGAGAAACCACCGUGACCAUGUCCGUCCUUGCACCACUUCUGAAGCCCUCCAUAGAUGUAAGUCCUAAAACGGAAAUUGAGGAAGGGGAAUCCCUGACCAUCUCCUGUCACACUGACGGUGUUAAGGUGGAUCGAGUGGUGCUGCGCAGGGUGGUUGAAGGUGAAGAGAUGGAGCUGCAGUCAAAUGAUGACACGGACACCUCUGUCACCAUCCACCCUGCCCAAAUGAACCACACAGGCCUGUAUGAGUGUGAGGCCUCCAAUCAGUACGGCAGUCAGAAAGCCAGUGUCAACAUCACUGUCAGAGGUUACCCUCUGGAGGUGGAGCUGAUCCCAAAUCAGAGCCUCAUUUCUGCUGAGAAGGGUUCCAGCCUGGUCUUGUCUUGUCAGGCCUCUGGUUGCCCCCAGCCUGAGUUCUUCUGGAAGAGUCUGUUGGACAUGCCAGUACACAGCCGCUCUGAAACCCAAGGCUUCCUCUCUCAACUCUAUCUCAGCCCACUGAGGCUGGAGGAUGAGAGAGCUUACACAUGUGAAGUGAAAUGUGGCUCCGUUCUCAAAUCCAAAGUCAUCGAUGUCCAGGUUUUCUCUUUUCCUCAGAAUCCGGUCAUAGAACAUUCCGGGCCGUUCCUGGCAGGACAUGAGAACCUGAUGAAGUGCUCAGUACCAGACGCAUUCCCAGGCUCCAACUUUCAGAUUCAGUGGAUGGCUGGAGAGAGGGAGCUGUCCUCUGAUAUUGGUUCUUUCUCAAGUGAACCUCAGAACCUGACCUCCACAUUACGCUACACUCCUGAACCUGAGGACCAAGGAAAAGAUAUAACCUGUAGGGUCACUUUGGCGAUGCGUGGUUUACCAGAAACCCAGAUUGACAAAUCGGCUUCGACUGUGGUGAUGCUACAAUCUGCCCCCAAAAAUACCUUCAUCGCUGUCGACCCGGAGAACGAAGUGAAGGAAGGAGAGCCUGUGACCAUUUCCUGCCACACUGACGGUGUUCCCGUGGGUCGGGUGGUGCUGCGCAGGAUGGUGGAAGAUCAAGAGAUGGAGCUGCAGUCCAGUGACAGUGCUCACAGCUCCAUCACCAUCCCCUCUGCCCAAAUGAACCACUCAGGCCUGUAUGAGUGUGUGGCCUCCAAUGAGCAUGGCACUCAGAAAGCCAGGGUUAACGUCACUGUGAGGGCACCACCCAGGAACACGACGGUGGAGGUUUUGCCAUCGGUGGAGGUCCAGGAGGGACAGAACAUCACCAUUUUCUGCCACUCUGUCUGUUUCCCUCCUCCUGCCACUCUCCUCAGGAACUUGGAUAACAACAUGGAGCUCCAUUCCCCAGACGGCACCUUCCACCUCAUAAACCUCACGUCCAACCACACAGGAUUGUAUGUGGUCAACGUUAGCAACGACCUGGGCUUUGACACCGUCAACUUCACCAUCAGGGUAACAAAGGCAAGAUCAGCGUCACCCCCUACUUGGGAAAAUGUUGGCAUCCUCUCCUUAGGUUUGGGAACAGCUGUUGUGAGCAUUGCUGGUGUGCUGGAGCAUUUGAGAAGGGCCAGGAAGAAGGGAUCAUAUGAACUGACAAAGUGCAUGCCAAGUAAAGUGUAGACAGAAAGAAGAGACUUAUGGAGAAAGCUUGUUGUGAAUAAUAUACUGUAGACCAGGUUACUGGAAUGGGAUGAAUUACUAGCAGUGGUCUUGAACGAAAGAAGUCAACUGCUGAAGCAAAGCAUAUUCAUUCAACAGCUGGAGACAGUUAGUAUUACAUGUUAUGGGCCUUUGUGACAGGGUCAAACACUCUGCCAGGAAUGUAAGAGGUCUU